AUGCUGGCUCCAGCCCACGAUGCGCUAUCCAUCCGAGGGCCCCAAGCCCGUCAGGAGCGAAGCACGACGCCGCCACACGGCACAGCGCAGCACCCUGCGGCGCAAGCCAUGACGUCGAGCGGAUUAGACACUUUUGAUUUGCUGGGCUUGGAUGCUCCAGCCCAAGUUGUGAAACCGGUCACCAGUGCGCCCACGUCGACGUUGCUAGAUGUGGACCCAGUGGCAGGGACCAGUACAACAGGUGCGAUGGUGAACAUGGGGGAGGACCAAGCCUCCCAUCCAAGUAGCUUGGAGAUAGAGAGUGGAAAGAGAUAUGUGGUCCGCUGUGAAGGGCGCUGGCGAGUGAGAUCGGCACCCUCAUUGAAUUCCAAAGUCAUUGGCAUCAUCGCGAAUGGCACCAUUGUCUUCGGUGAGGACUGUAGUGGGGAGGUCCACCCUGAGACCUCAGUGCAGGACAUGGAAGGAUUGAUGCAGCAAGAUGAGAGCAUCGAACCUGAAGUGCUUCAAAAGGCUUUGGGAAGCCUGACAGCUCUUUGGGUCAAAGUCACGAAGCUCGAAGCACAAGAGCCUAUGGGUGUCUCGGACAUCAAGCGUGACACUGCCACUGGUGGAGGCAUCUACUGCCUACGGCGGAAUGCGGUCGGUUACGGGCUAUAUCAGGAGAACGCCGAGCCCUUGACCGGUCCCUUGAUUCAUUUACCUCCUGGCCUUGGCUUGGAGCUCCGCCUGGAUGCCCAGCGUGCGGCCUCGGAGCGCACCGAGGACGUGUCCUUGACCUGGAAACUGCUGGGCGCAGCGGAGAGCCUGGGACGCCUCUUUGGGAGUGAUGAGUCUGGCUUCAGUGAGGACAUCAAGACUCCGUCGAGGAGGCGGCCAGAGGAUCUCUUCGAGUUGAAGCAACGCGAUCAGCUCAAGAAGGCGCUCUCGUCCCUGCGGGCGCCCCUCGUUGAGCUGGUGGAGAAGGCCAAGGAAGGGCACCACGAAAGCCAGGCCUUGCUGACGACCUUGCCACGCGAUCUCUCGCGGCAGUUCGCUCGCCUGCGCAGCUCAGUCCUGGCGGCCCAUGCAGAGGCCAACUCCUUAGUGGUGCGGCCCAUGCAAGAGACCGAGGAGAAGAGUGGUGGACCACUGAUGGGCAGCAUCGAAGAAUUGUCCAACUUCAAUGCCGCCUGUGAAGCCCUCGAGCGGACGGGUGCUUGGGCAUGCUUAGAUGCGAAGAUUCGACAAGAGGUCAUCGCAUUUAGCGCCAGCCAUGCACAGGAGAUCCAGAAACACCUGCGGAUACGCUGCAAGGAACUUGGCCACGAGGCCACUCCACAGACUCCGCAGGACACGGGUGUGCUGGAUGAUCUUUUGGACACGGCUGCGCCCAGUCGUGGUGGAUAUACAUCAACCAUGGCUGUCCCUCCUUUAUUGCCCCCUCCUCCUGUGUCUUCAUGCAGUGUCACGCGCUCCACCUGA